CUCAUUACAGUCGAAAGAACAAGAUCUGACAUCCCAGUGUCAUAUAGGAUUGACUUGACGUCAUCUCUGACUCAAGGCGUUGUUGUUGUCGCGGCGUUCGGUGGCGUCACGUUUUGCCUCCAGGGUGUGCAUGACUGACUAAGCGUACCAUGGCGGCGGGACGCACCAGUUGGGCAGCACUGCUGGGGCUGUUUGUGGUCUUCUGUAACUGGCUUUUUAUCGGAGCAAAAAUAUUUCAAAUAUUGGAGGAGCAUGAGGUAAAAGGCAUAAGAAAGACAGACAAUGAACUGGUGGAAAAGCUAGUGAAAGGUGUGGUGGGCAGGACAUUUGAGAGUAAAGAGGAGGUUCUGAAGUUCGUCAAAGAAAUAGACGCAGCCAGGAACGUGACUGUCAAUUAUGGCAGUGACACCACUGAUGGCAGUUCCAGCCUCGAUUACCUGGAGGCGCUGUUGUUUUGUCUCACCAUCGUGACAACCAUAGGAUACGGACAUGUUCCAAUCACAACUGAUGCAGGCAAAGUUUUCUGCUGUUUGUAUGCAUUCCUUGGCAUCCCUCUCACCCUGACUAUGCUGGCUGCCAUAGGUGGGGAAGUUGCUCCUUUAUCCAGAUUUCUGGAAGAUCAAGUCAAGAAGCGACUUGCGUUCCUCAAGAAACAUCCUGACACGAUCCGCUUUGUAAACAUCUUCACCCUCACGACUGUGAACCUGGGCGUGUUUUUCUUCCUGCCUGCUUACGUGUUCUCCUGCCAGGAGACUGACUGGUCGUACCUGGAUGCCCUGUACUACGUUUUCAUCACCCUCAGUACUGUGGGGUUCGGGGACUACGUGGCUACACUGGAGCCUCGUCCAACUUACGCACAGAAUGUUGCAUACAAGAUUGCGACAUUCUGCUGGAUCCUGACAGGCCUUUGUUUCCUGGCCUCAGUCUUCGACCUCCUCGUGGAAGAGAUGAAGGGAGUAGAAGAGAGAAUAAAGGAGGGGAUGAACAAGCCUUUAGAUGGUGGCGACCUUGACAAUGGGAAAGAGACGGAAAAGGACAUUCAAGGUCACACCAAGAAAGAGGAACAGGGAGAGGGGAUGACAAUAAGAGCUAGAACAGCAAAGAAAGCAGCAGUGUCCUCUGAGGAAAUGGAAGAAGCUGGAACAUGCCUGCCAGAUAAAGAGAAACAUGCUUAA